AUGACACAGGGAGCAGAGGGGUCCAAAGAAGGUAAAAAGCGGAACGGAACUGGGAGCGUUAGCCACGGGCAUUCACAUAGUUAUUCCACUGACUCAGGAGGUACAGUGACUGUACCUGUAAUUCAAGUGAGGGACGACCAGCCAUUGGACUCUCCGUUUAGCGACCAAUUUCGGUUUGAAAUCCCGUGUAUGGUACCGAUGGCGGAGGGCGGAAUGACGACAGGACAGCAGGAUAACUUCCAGGCACGAAAGCCGUCGAUUUUAAAACGGCACACUUCAUCCACGAAGGGAGGGAAGGUAGAUGUUCAAAGACUGGCGUUUGCCCCUUCUACUCCCGUUAAGAAUGGGUAUUCAGAGUCGGAGUUGGAGAGUGAUGUAAAUUCGUUCACUAAUACACCUGGUAGGAACACCCAAGGACAGUUUGGAUCAACGAUGGAUGCAGGAAUUCAGGAGGAGGAGGAGGAAAGGUUUGGAAAGGGAGCUGAAAAGCUUACUUUGGAACGGGAUCCUCACUUAACCCGGGAUAUGAAGGUCCUUCGUUGGGGGACCCAGAGACAUAAAAAUACAGGCCAUCCUAUUAAGGGCAGGGUUCGGACGUUGAGAUGGAGUAGAAAGAACCAAGAGAAUCCAUACCGUAAUAAUAGCACGAACAACAAGAGCAACAACAACGAUAACAACAAUAACAACAAUAACAAUGAGGUCCUUGAGGAAGGGGCUACUGCGAGUAGGCAGGGGGAGAAGCGUACAGUAUUCUAUAACACCACCCUACCAGAUGAAAUGUUGGACGAAAAUGGACGGCCUGUUGUUAGGUACGUGAGAAACAAGAUUCGUACAACGAAAUAUACACCUUUGUCCUUUUUCCCAAAGAACUUGAUGUACCAAUUCAAGAAUGUCGCAAAUGUUUAUUUCUUGGUGUUAAUUAUUCUCAGUUGUGUAUCUAUCUUUGGUGUAACGAAUCCGGCCCUGGCUUCAAUACCAUUGAUUGUGAUCAUCAUUGUUACUGCGAUUAAGGAUGCUGUCGAAGAUUCACGUCGGACAAUCCUGGAUCUCGAAGUUAAUAAUACCAGAACUCACAUUUUAUCUGGUGUAGAAAAUCAUAACGUCUCUGAAGAUAAUGUCUCACUGUGGAGGAAGUUUAAAAAACUAAAUACUAGAAUUCUAUUCAGUACUGUGAGGUUAUUCACAGAGAGACUCACGGAAAAAGGCAGGAGGAAGAGGGCGCAGCGCAAGCGUGAGGCGUCUCAUAUGGCAGCAAUGCGUGCAGGUGGCACUGGUCCACGUAAUUCACUAGAUUCAAUCGGGUCUUACAGGCCUUCUUUGGACACUGAAAGAAUGGAUCAAUCAAACCCAGUCGAUUCUGGUUCAUUAUUGAACCGCAAUGUUCCACCUAAACCUGAGGCUAGGUUUUCCAGGGCCCAUUGGAAGAAUGUUAAAGUUGGUGAUAUUGUUCGUAUUCAAAAUAACGAUGAAGUCCCUGCUGAUAUAAUAUUAUUGGCUACAUCAGAUUCAGAUGGUGCUUGCUAUGUGGAAACCAAAAACUUGGAUGGUGAAACUAAUUUAAAGGUUCGUCAGUCAUUGAAGUGUUCCUAUAAAAUUAGGAAUUCUCAAGACAUUUCAAAAUGCAAUUUUUGGGUCGAGUCAGAAGGCCCUCACCCUAACUUAUAUUCUUACCAGGGUAACUUAAAAUGGAUAGAUACGACCUCUGAUACUGUAAAAAAUGAACCUGUAAUAAUUAACAAUAUGUUAUUGCGUGGUUGUUUUUUGAGAAAUACCAAAUGGGCAACCGGAAUUGUGAUGUUCACUGGUAAUGAUACCAAGAUUAUGUUGAAUGCUGGUAUUACCCCAACGAAAAAAUCCAGGAUUUCUAGGGAGCUGAAUUAUUCAGUAAUGAUGAACUUUGCCUUGUUGUUUGUUCUAUGUUUGGUUGCUGGUGUCGUGAAUGGUCUAUACUAUCGUUAUACCGAUAGGUCCCGAUCUUAUUUUGAGUUUGGAACCGUCGCUGGAUCACCUUUUGCAAAUAGUGUUUUGAGUUUCUUCGUUGCGGUUAUUUCAUAUCAAUCUUUGGUACCCAUCUCAUUAUACAUCUCCAUUGAAAUUAUAAAAACUGUUCAAGCCGCAUUUAUCUAUUGUGAUGUCUUAUCCUAUUACAAAAAAUUAGAUUAUCCGUGUACUCCAACUACCUGGAAUAUAUCAGAUGAUCUGGGCCAAAUUGAAUACAUUUUUUCCGAUAAGACAGGGACUUUAACCCAAAAUGUAAUGGAAUUUAAAAAGUGCACAAUUAAUGGUAUUUCAUAUGGUCGUGCCUAUACAGAAGCCCUUGCUGGUUUACGAAAGCGCCAAGGCAUUGAUGUUGAGGAGGAAAGUGCUCGGGAACAUGCAGAAAUUGCUCAAGAUAAACAAGAAAUGAUUGAUAUCUUAGUCCGUUUAGGUAAGAACUCUCAGUUACAUCCUUGUGAAGUUACAUUUGUCUCUAAAGAAUUAGUUGAAGAUUUAAAUGGUAAAUCUGGUUUAGAACAGAAGGAGGCAAACGAACACUUUAUGCUAGCUCUUGCAUUAUGUCACUCAGUUGUGGCUGAACAAAGUAAAAGUAACCCUGAAAGACUAGAAUUGAAGGCACAAUCCCCAGAUGAAAGUGCACUUGUUGGCACUGCUAGAGAUAUGGGUUUUAGUUUCGUAGGACGCACUAAAUCUGGUGUUAUAUUAGAAAUACAGGGUGUUCAUAAGGAAUUUGAGAUCCUAAAUGUUCUGGAAUUUAAUUCUGCAAGAAAGAGGAUGUCAUGUAUAGUCAAAAUUCCUGCGGAGUCUCCUGAACAAAAACCCAAGGCCUUGCUAUUAUGUAAAGGUGCUGAUUCUGUCAUAUAUUCAAGGUUGGAUAGAUCUAACAAUGAUAGUUCCUUGUUGGAGAGAACUGCUUUACACUUGGAGCAAUAUGCAACAGAGGGCUUAAGAACGCUAUGUAUCGCUCAACGUGAGUUAUCCUGGGAUGAGUACGAAGAUUGGAACACUCGUCAUGAAGUAGCGGCAGCAUCCUUAACCAAUCGUGAGGAACAAAUGGAAGAAGUUGCCGACUCGAUUGAGCGUGGACUAAUACUGUUAGGCGGUACCGCAAUUGAGGAUCGUUUACAGGAUGGCGUUCCAGCUUCUAUUGCUAUUUUGGCGGAAGCUGGUAUUAAGUUAUGGGUUUUGACCGGUGAUAAGAUUGAAACAGCUAUUAAUAUUGGUUUCUCUUGUAAUUUGCUAGGCAAUGAUAUGGAAUUGUUGGUCAUUAAGUCUUCUGGUAAUGAUGUUCAAAGUAUGGGAGUUACCCCAGUGGAAAUCGUGACUAACUUGAUUGAUCAGUACUUGAAUGAAAAGUUCCAAAUGACUGGAAGUGAAGAUGAGUUACAAAUGGCCAGAGGUAUUCAUGACGUACCACUUGAUACAUUUGGUGUUGUUAUUGAUGGAGACGCUUUGAAAGUUGCUUUGGCGGGCGAAGAUACCAGACGUAAGUUCCUACUAUUAUGUAAGAAUUGCAGAGCUGUAUUGUGUUGCAGAGUUUCGCCCGCGCAAAAAGCUGCAGUUGUGAGAUUGGUAAAGGAUACACUAGAUGUGAUGACCUUGGCAAUUGGCGACGGUUCGAAUGAUGUGGCGAUGAUUCAAGCAGCAGACGUUGGGGUAGGUAUAGCUGGUGAAGAAGGGAGGCAAGCGGUAAUGUCUUCAGACUAUGCCAUUGGCCAAUUUAGGUUCUUGACUCGAUUGGUGCUGGUUCACGGAAGAUGGUCUUAUAAGCGGUUGGCAGAAAUGAUCCCACAGUUCUUUUACAAAAAUAUAAUCUUUACAUUGGCUUCAUUUUGGUUUGGUAUUUACAGCGAUUACGAUGGAUCUUAUUUGUACGAGUACACAUAUUUGAUGUUUUACAACUUGGCUUUUACUUCUCUACCCGUCAUCUUGCUGGGUAUUUUGGACCAAGAUGUCAAUGACACCAUUUCCGUGGCAGUUCCACAAUUGUAUCGUGUUGGAAUCCUUAGAACAGAGUGGAACCAAAAAAAGUUCUGGUGGUACUGUCUUGAUGGUAUUUACCAAUCUGUGAUCUGUUUCUUCUUCCCAUACUUCUGUUUCCACUAUACCGGUCUCGUGACCAAAAAUGGGUAUGGUUUAGACCACCGCUACUGGUUUGGCAUCUUUGUCACCUGCAUGGCCGUCCUUUCUUGCAACUUUUACGUAUUCCUCCAUCAGUACCGCUGGGAUUGGUUCUCCACCACAUUUGUUGUUCUCUCAUGCCUAGUCGUCUUCUUGUGGACUUUCAUCUGGAGCAGCGUCCUCUACUCAGGUGAGUUCUACAAAAGCGCCUUCCGCGUAUUUGGCCAGCCCGUAUUUUGGGCGGUACUAUUCAUUGGGGUAUUGUUCUGUCUAUUGCCAAGAUUCACUUUCGACGUCUUCCGCAAGCUCUUCUUCCCACGCGACAUCGACAUCAUAAGAGAAUGCUGGGCUCGCGGUCAAUUCAGAAACUACCCCGAAGGCUAUGACCCCACUGAUCCAGAAAGAAAAAGACUCAAUGCCGUCAAUCCCCAUGAAAGCUACAACAAUGACUCAACAGCUGAAAAAAUGUCCUCCAUGGACCAACCACUGGUCCUGGCAUCGCAGGAUAUUCCCAUGAGCCUGAUGGACAAAAGUUCCUCUCUACCACGCACACACGCCACGCCCGUAGAAGGAUCCACAUCCCCACCUAGAUCCUCCUUGGAAGCAACUCGCUUGUCCAUGCUGCAUUCCAACCAACUGGAUCAUCGCUAUUCCGCAGAAAGAACAAGACCCUCGUUGGAUAUCCCGGGACUCACCCAUGCCGAAACCUUGAUAGGCCGUCACUAA